GCAACUUUUGACAACAAUGUUUAGUCAUCAUGUCAUCAACCCACAAGAGUGAGGGAGUAUAUAUAGGCAGCGAUGCUCUCGUGCAACGCCGCCCAGCUGAUUAAUCGAUCCCGCUCCAAUUUAUCGUGAAUAAUAACAUGACGAUGAACAGUUGUGCUUGUUGCCAAAUAGUCGAGUCAAGUAAAACGACAACGGGCGUAACUAAAGUCUCGAGGUUAUAUCUUUGUCCAGGAGUGGCGUUGUUAUGUGCGAGAAAAACGCCACCCUGGUGCACCUGUGGCGUGGCGCCGACAAGGUCAAGCUCGACCUUGAGGAUGGACUCGAUGGCGCUCUGGCCAAGGUCGUCAGUGUCGGUGAUCGGGUGUUUUUCAUGACGAAGGCUGGCAGCCUCUAUUAUGGGGAUGUCGUAGAUGAGGUCAAGGACGAGGAUGGUGGUGUUUCGGAUGUGUCCUCGUUGAGUCUCAGGAAGAGCCAGUUGUGCGCGGUCGAUUUGGCUGCCAAUAGCGAGCACAUUUUCAUUGUUACUCAUGAUGGUACGGUUCAAAAAAUUAAUCCCCGUGAUUUCAGUGUGAUUGAUAACAUCAUUCUUGACGAAGGUGUCAAGUAUUGCAGCCAUGGGAGUAAGCAAGAAAGCUGCAUGGUAAAAGUCACAUCGAUCGCAGUAAAUGAUAGCUCAGUUCUCUUUGUCACGGAAAAUGGCCAAUUAUGGGCAAGCGGCGAGCAGGCUCAGAUUGAUAUCAAAAGCGACCUCCGGGAGGCCAGAAGAGUUUCUUUUUUCGAAGGGCGUAUUGUCUCGGACGUGGCGUGUGGCACAAAUUUUCACGCAGUCCUCGUCCAAAGACUGUCCAGGUUGGCCAAGGACGACUGCUCGGACAGCGACAACGAAGCCGCCGAAGAGGUGUUCGUCAAGUCGUGCUCGCAAUGCCUGCAGAGCAACAACCUCAUGCCAACAAGCCCGAUGAGCGUCGCGUCUUCGGACACCGGCCUAAUGAACGUCAAUCUCCAGCCCUUCAGCGAGGAGCAUUACUCAUGCUCCAGUACCAGCAAGGAGGAUGUCUUUCACACGGUGGACAAUGAAAAGUCAUCGCUACUUAACUCGGAAAAUUCGAUAGCCAGCGGCGACUUGAUCAUCGACGAGGUAGCAGGGUCGGAAAAGGAGGUCACAGAGUCAAAGAAGAAUUCGUCGCUCUUGAUAAACACUGAGACCGCAAGGCAGUUUUUCACCCGACAAUUGUCCUGGGUUUCUUCGUACGGAAGCAGUCCUAAGGAAGUAGAACUUCUGCAGAUGGACGCGAUCGACAACAAUCCGACGAGUCUCAUCAAACAAAACGUCACGAGUAUGGCCAGUUUGGUGUACGAAGGUGUAAAAACGGUAGGUGACAAAGUGGUUACCUUAUCGAGGCACGUGAGUGGCAGCUCAGAUCCGAACGAGGCACGUGCCGAGGAUGACGCGAGCGACAACUUCGAGGAACUUGGUAUCGAAGAGUCCAAGAGAACGGCGGGAAGCCUAAUCAAUAGUCUCAAGAGAGCGGAUGACAGCCUUGUUUGGUCAUCGAGCACCGGAUCAUCCGAACACGAGCUCGUGCAGAAACGCUUGAACAAGCGAGUCCAAAAGCUCGUUGGGAUGGGCAGCUGCAUUUUAUCUAGCGAGCUGUGGACAUGGGGCGACGUCAAGUACGGUCAGCUCGGCGUCGGGGACAUUAUCAGUCGGCCGAGGCCUCAAGAGGUAACGACACUUGGUCACUCAGCGCUCAGAAAAAUAGCUUGCGGUGAUUUUCAUACCUUAGCUCUUACGCUGGACGGCAGAGUCUUUGCCUGGGGUAGGAAUAAUUAUAUGCAGGUGGCACACUGCUCGCAAGUAUAUCAAAAGUCGCCUCAGCUGUUCUCUUCCAACUAUUUUUUAAGCUUGUCACCAAACGAGAGAGCCAGGGACAUUGCGGCCGGUGGCAAUAACAGCUUGAUCAUGACUGACCAAAAUGUAUUUUUGAUGGGGAAGCACAAGUCUUCCGGUAUCAUGUCAAGCCUAGAAAUACCGGACGCCAAUGACAUGGCACUCAAAAAUAUUUUAUGCACGAGCAUCUUAAGCUGCUGCACUAUGACAAAGAGCUCAAUUACAAUGGUAUCAGAUUUACCACUGAUAGAGGAGCAAGUAUUUUUAGAAGAAACGCUUCACGCUUAUCAGAACCUUAUAAAGCCACUUCAAGUUAAAGGUGGAGCUGCUAUCGAAUCUGACGUGUACGAGGCUUUGUGUUGCAGCUAUCAGGAGCUUCUCAGUGUUAACGUUUUAAAUGUCAAGAGCCUCCAAGAUUACUACAGUGGUGCGAUCGAGGCUCACGAAGUUACCAUUGUCAUCAAUGUAGACGAGUUUAUUAACGUCUUCAAGUUAUAUUUGAAUGCAGUGUGUGAUAUUGUGUCUCUCGGUGGAUUUGUACAAAUUCCUAAACUCAUCGAUACAUUUGACAUUUUGUUAAAUGUUUUUAAAGAUAAGGUCAAAGGAAAAAAUGGAGAGAUUACUAACGAGUCCAUCGUUGCUCAUAUUUUGCAGCGUCCCAUACAACACUUGAAUAGGUAUAUCAGUAUAAUAAAUAAUUUAAUAAAACUAAACAAAGCUAAAACAAAGAUGGACGAUUUGCAAGACGCCUUAAGCAAAUGGGACCUGAUUUCCAAAGAACAAGCAAAACGCCUGCAAGAUGCCGAAAGUACAAAAAAUUUCUGGGAGGGCUCAGGAAAGUCAAUCGAGCAGUUUCGAUCUCCCGAGAGGAGAAUGAUUAGAGAAUCUCGAUCUCAUGCUAUUUCAUUGCAUAAUUCUAGUAGAUUUUCAUCUCACUGGUUCAUACUCUUAACCGAUGUAUUUAUACACGUUAGUGGUACAAAUUACUACUCAGCUCAUCUCUUACCAUUGUUAUGGGUGGAACUGUUACCUGACUCAGACACGUUAAAAAAUGCCAUAUCGAUAACGACGCCAGAAGAUAGUUUUAUAUUAUACACACCAACGGCCGCUGAUCGUAGCGAGUGGUUUCAUGCCCUGCAGACGGCCAUUAAAAACAGCCUACAACGAUCUGCUAGUCAUAUGCCUCCGCAAAUUCGUACUGGUUCAUUUUCGUUUGCAAAACAUGCCGUGUAUAAGGAUGCCACAUACACCGGUCAGUGGAUGAAUGGAAAAUUACACGGUUCUGGUAAAUUAGAAUGGGCGGAUAAUCGUAUGUACAUAGGUCAGUUCCAUAAAGGUGCCAUACAUGGAACUGGUCGAAUGGAAAUGCCCACCCAAGGUAUCUAUGAAGGACAGUGGAAAGAUGGACAACAAAAUGGAUUUGGUAUUAUGAGUUAUAUAAAUGGAGAGAUCUAUGAAGGAUAUUUCAAAGAUAGUUUGCCACAUGGACAUGGUAUAAAAAAAGAAGGUCAUUUUAUGGCGUCCAGUGCUUCCGUAUACAUUGGCGAAUGGUCCUUAGGCAUGAAACAAGGAUACGGAGUUAUGGACGAUAUAAAAACUGGAGAAAAAUAUAUGGGAUCUUGGAAUAACAAUAUGAAACAUGGAAGUGGACUUAUUAUUACCUUAGAUGGCAUAUAUUACGAAGGAACAUUUGUUCAAGAUAUUUUUAUGGGUCAUGGGAUUAUGGUCUUUGAAGAUGGAACUCAUUACGAGGGUGAAUUUAAGUCCGUGGGUGUUUUUGGUGGAAAGGGCAUUUUAACUUUUUGUAAUGAAGAAAAAUUGGAGGGGAAUUUCAGUGGAGCCUGGAAUGAGGGUAUAAAGGUUACAGCCACACUGCACAUAAAUAAUAAAGUUAAUGAAAAGUCGAAACAUGAGCCACCAUCUUUUGGAAAGUUAUGCGCGAGACCCGAUCAAAAAUGGAAAGCGAUAUUCCGGCAAUUCUAUCAACAGCUUGGUUUGACGGAUAACUCAAACAAUAAUAACCACAACAAUAACCCCGCAGUUCAACAGCUUGAAACACAAAAGCUCUGGCAGAACGUAGCGGCCAUAAUUUCAAAAUCUCAACGCAGUUACCAAAAACGACAGCAUUUCAACAACAACACCUUCCUCGUCUCUUCGUUCAAUCAACAAAAUAAAGAAAUGGUGAAAAAUUUUGACCAACUGAAUAAAAUACUGUGCUUUGGUUACGAAGAGCUCAACCAAUCUGCUUACGAACAAGUACACAAAUACUUGUCGCGAGCUUUCGAAAGUCCUCAUCAUCCGCUUGGGACGCUCUUGAGUGAGCUAGCCACCGUGUAUACGGCUACUUACGGUGGUGUGAGAGUACACCCGUUGCUUUUAGAGCACGCGGUGUCGGAACUCAAAAGCAUUACCACCAGAAUAUACGAAGCUGUUACGCUAUUCUUUCCAGCUUUGCCCAAGGCUGAUGAUCAGUACUUACUUAGAUCCGAAAAUGGCGAUCACAAUGAGGAAAAAAUGAUAAGUUCGGCUGCCAUACUUCACCCAAUUUUAUUGCCGCGAGUUUAUUCGGCCUUGUUUGUACUCUACGCGCUUCACAAUAAAAAAACGGACGAUAGUUAUUGGAAAAGAUUAAUGAAGUGGAACAAACAGCCUAACAAUACGUUGUUAGCUUUUCUAGGUGUCCAUCAAAAAUUUUGGAAAGAUUUUAAUACAUCGGAAAACGAUGUAUUUUUGAUUGAUGCAAUAGAAACUUUACAACAAUUGAAAACAACGUUUUCUGCAGUUGAAAAAUUAAUUGUCAUCAGAAAUACCUACGAACAAAUAGAACUGGCCAUACAAAAAAGGUUGAAAGAAAAUUAUAAAUUAUCUGCUGACGAUUUGAUACCAAUAUUUUACUUUGUUGUCGUCCGAGCAAGCGUUUUACAACUUAAAAGUGAAUUGCAUUUCAUAGAUGAUUUUAAAGAGUCUCAUUUGAUGAACGGACCAAUUGGUUACGCGUUCACCACAGUAAUGAGUAUUUACGACCAUAUACUACAGGAAAAAAUAUCAGAGGAUGAUUAAAUUUAUUUCUAUUAUAAUGAAUCUGGCUGGUACAGAAAAAUGUUUGUGUUGUUGUUUAAAAGUUGUCUGUGACAGAUUGUCAAAAUGUUAAUACUCUCUAUAAUUUAUUUGUUAAAACGUAUAUGAUCACCGGUUCAAAGUAAAUUGAAAUAAAUUUUUAGACUCUAGAAAAAUCAACAUUAAAUUUUUGUAUAUUACAUUACUUUGAACCCUUCAUACACGUGUUUACGUAAUGAACUUUUAAAAUGUAUAUAAACAAUAUUCUAUCUAAUGAUCGUGACUCUAUUUUUGGGGAAAACAAAUGUUUCAUCAAAUGUCGAAUUGUUAGGUACGACAUGCGGUUAAAGUGCAUUUCAUUUUUUUUUUUUUUUUUUUUAACAUACUACAAAAGUAAAAAGUGUACAUAUAAAAUGCGAUAAUUUUUAAAACUAUCCAAACAUUCCAUGCGAAUUAUAAUGGUGCUUUAAUUUUUUAUCUUUUAGUUAUUUUUUUGUUCACUAAUUGUUUUUAAUAAAGAAAGUUUAAUUAAAUUAUGUGGAUUAUAUUAUUUGCGAGCACUUAAUCAUCGCUCAAUUAACUAAUACGUUAUUCAGCA